AUGGAGAGAAAAACUGUGUCAAGUUAUGUUCAAAGAUUUUUCGACGCAACUGAGUGUAAAGAUAUUUUGGAGAUAUUUUUUGGUUUAUGUCAGUGUCUUGGUAUAGAAUCAUGCGAUGACACGUUUGAGGUUCUGGAGAGUGCCCGAUUGGGAACUCAGAUGGAAACCAUUGUCGGAACCUUACGAAAAGCAGGGUUACGAUAUCAAAACCUCCAAUUACGGAGACUCACAAUAUGCAUCAUUGGGGCAGGUCCAUGUGGAUUGCGUUGUGCUAUUGAAGCUACCCUCUUGGGCUUUAACGUCAUUGUCUUGGAACAAAGAACGGAUUUUACCCGAAAUAAUGUCCUCCACUUGUGGCCGUUUGUCAUUGAAGACCUCAAGCAUAUUGGGGUUAAAACACUCUUCCCAAAAUUCUGCGUGGGAGCGAUGAAUCACAUUAGCAUCAAAAGGCUGCAAUGCAUUCUCCUGAAGUUAUCCUUGGUUCUGGGCAUUCAAGUGUACACGGGUGUCUCGUACGAGACAUUGAAGCAACCUGGCCCUGGAUGCCCCACGUGGUCGGUCAUGGCCUCUAAUGGGCUUCAAAUUGAAGCUGAUGUCCUGGUUUGUGCCCAAGGCAAACGGGUUACUUUAAGCGAGUUUGAUCGUCGGGAGUUUCGAGGAAAACUGGCAAUAGCCAUUACGGCUAAUUUUGUGAACAAUAAGACCUCAGCUGAGGCAAUGGUGGAGGAGAUCAGUGGCAUUGCUUACGUGUAUAAGCAAGAUUUCUUCAAUGCGUUGUAUGAUGACCUUGGAAUUGCUUUGGAAAACUUUGUCUAUUACAAGGAUGAGACACAUUACUUUGUCAUGACAACCAAAAAGCACAGCCUUCUGACGAAAAAGGUUUUGAAAAAGGAUAACAAGGACCCCCAGAAGUUGCUUCUACGAUCCAACAUCAACCAAGAGAAGCUGUUGGCAUACAUCAAAGAUACAUGCGAUUAUUGCACUGAUUAUCAGCUACCUAAUACCACGUUCGCUCUGAAUCACCAUGGAGAGCCAGAUGUGGCCUUAUUUGAUUUUACAUCUAUGAACGCCUCCAGGAACUCAAUUUACGUCAAAGAGAAGCAUGGAGUGCCCUUUUUAAUGUUGAUUAUUGGCGAUGGACUACUAGAGCCGUUUUGGCCCACAGGUUCAGGUUGUGCUAAAGGCUUCUUGGGGGCUUUCGAUGCUUGCUGGACCAUGCUACAUUGGAGCUUGGGUGAAAAAUCCAUCUUUCAUUUAUUGGCAGAGCGUGAGAAUCUUUACAAAUUACUCCCGCAAGUGACUAGUGAGAAUAUAUCGAAGAAAUUCGAUCAAUAUUCGGUGGAUCCCUUUUCCAGAUACCCAAGAUUCGAUUCUCGGAUUUCCACUCGUAACAUUGAACAAUUGUAUGAAAACGAAGACAAGGAACAAGGCAAUUGUCCUCCCUACGUGCCUUUGAGAAACGAACCUCCCAACUCUUUGCAAAUAUAUAUUCACAACUCCACUAAAGUGGGAUUAACUCCGGCAGAGCCAGCUGAAUAUGUCAAAGAAAAAAUUGACUUUGAUAUUGCCAAAUUCAUGCAAGGACGGAAGCCUCCCCCCAAACGCGAAGAAGUUCCUAGACGCGGUCCAGUGUCCAAAGACAUGCCCAAAGUUCCACGAGAGGCCAUAGUGCGUCAUCAAAGAGGAGGGAAGACCGUCGGAGACAUUUCGAACUCGUUGUUCCCGGAAAAGAAACCGUUGGAGGCUCGUCGAAGCCCGGUGAAGAAUCCCAUUCCAAGCCCUUCGCCUAUUGGCGAGGGCGAUAUCAAUGAGAUUGAUAACCUUUUGUCUCGAUUGGAAUCAGAUGCCAAUUUCCAGCACAUGACCGACAACGAGCAACAGUCAUGGUUGGAGUCCCUGUUCUUUCUUGACACAAGAACCACGGGGACAUCUUUGUUCGGUCCUAAUUCGAGAGCUAAUCAGGCACCGCCUGUAGCACGCCCCCCGCGCGAAUUAGUGCCCCGUGAGGGCGAGUCAGUCGUCCGGACCAGGGCGCCCACUCAACGCCCCAAAGAGGAGCCGAAAAAGGCUGAGCUCCCUGGACGAACAUCGGAUAGCAAUAUUUCUGUGAAUGAAAAUCUCAUCGCCACGGCUCAGUCCUAUUUCAAUAUGGGAGCCAAACCUGCCAAGAAGACGGCUGCGAAGAAGAUCCCUGUGGCCAAGAAAAUGCCACGUGAAGAGUUGGAUGCUGGCCGAAAGGCUCAACCCCAACCUCCGGCUCGAACUGCGCAACAACACCCGAAGAAAGGUGAGAUGCCAGAAGAGAUGGAGCGGCGCAAGAAGAAGAUGAAAUUAGUCGGAAACACUCUCAGUAACCUAAUGGCCAUUGACAAGAAAUUUGGCUGAUACCAUAUUGAUCAUGCCCCCAUUAAAAAUACAUUCUAGGUUCAACGAUGAAUUCUAAUAUGGAAUAAAAAUGACGGAUUCUAUUUAGCUUUUUGUAUUCAAGCUUUGAGGAAAUUUGAAAUAAAAAAACAAGUUAA